UUACGGGCCGGGAAAGCCCGAUGUAGAGACUACCCCGCUGCUCCGGAACCUCUUUGCUGUUCCCACUCACCCACCUGCGGCGGAAGAGGGAAAGAGGCCGUGUGAGAGAGGCCCGGAGAAAGGCUUUGUUUCGACUCUACACCUUUUCCUAUCUCUAGGGUUGCCCCCUGAGGGCGGCCGAAGGACAGGGCGGCCGUCGCGGCUUGAGUGCGUCACGGCGGAGACGCUCUCCCACCUGUGCCAGCAUGGAAGAGACGAGAGGUGCCGCUGACGCGGCGGCGGCGGCGGCGGCUGAAGCCCCGGAACCGGCGGCCGGGGAGUUGCUAGGAGAUGAAUGCUAUGUGGACUUCUUGAAGGAAGAUUUUGAUGUGAAGGCGUACACCUCACAAUCGAUUCAUCAAGCUGUUAUAGCUGAACAGUUAGCGAAACUUGCUCAAGGGAUUAGUCAGUUGGAUAAAGAGCUGCACUUGCAAGUAGUUGCAAGGCAUGAGGACUUGUUAGCACAAGCAACUGGCAUCGAAUCUCUGGAAGGUGUUCUUCAAAUGAUGCAGACCAGAAUCAGUGCAUUGCAAAGUACUGUUGACAGAAUCAGAGCCAAAAUAAUCGAUCCUUACAACAAAAUCGUGUCCCGUACGGCACAGUUAGCAAGGCUUCAGGCUUCCUGUGACUUGCUGCGGAGAAUAAUGCGCAUCUUGUAUGUCAGCAAGAGACUUCAAGGGCAGCUGCAGGGAGGAAGCAGAGAGAUAACAAAAGCUGCUCAGAGCCUCAAUGAGCUUGAUUACCUUUCCCAAGGAGUAGAUCUCUCUGGAAUAGAAGUAAUUGAAAACGAACUGCUUUUUAUGGCAAGAGCUCGACUCGAGGUAGAAAACCAGGCUAAGCGGUUGCUGGAGCAAGGAAUGGAGACUCAGAAUCCUACCCAAGUAGGAACGGCUCUUCAGGUUUUCUAUAACCUUGGCACUUUGAAAGUCACCGUCACUAAUGUUGUGGAUGGUUACUGCGUAUCCUUGGAGGAGAACAUCAGCAAUGCCUUGGAUAUUAAGGUUUUGACUCAGCCCUCUCAGACAGUGGUCAGAGGUGGUCCUGGAAGAGCAUCUAUGCCAACACCAGGAAACAUGGCGGCCUUUAGAGCAGCUCUGUGGACCAAUAUGGAAAAGCUGAUGGAUCAAAUCUGUGCAGCUUGUGGGCAGGUGCAGCAUCUGCGGAAAGUACUGUCCAUGAAAAGAGAUCCAGUUACACAGGUGUGCUUCAUUGAAGAAUUAGCAAAGGAUGGCCUGUCAGACAUUUUGUGCACAUUUUGGACGGCAGUGACUCAGACACUUGCCUCCCAGUUUCAGAAGGCAACCGACUCUUCCAUGUUUUUGAAACAAGCUUUUGAAGGCGAAUACCCUAAAUUACUGAGGCUCUAUAAUGAUUUCUGGAAGCGUAUUCAACAAUAUAGCAAAAAUAUUCAAAGAAAUUUCAUUACAAAUGGCACUGCCGAACACUUUGCAGAACUUCAACAGAUAGAAGAUGAUACACAGGACAUUUUCAUGCAAAAGAAACAGGAUUAUGAUCCAGAAAUAGCCCUGAAAGACUCUUUGCAACCUUAUGAAGCUGCCUACUUGUCAAAGUCAUUAUCGCGGCUCUUUGACCCCAUCAACCUCGUCUUUCCCCCUGGAGGUCGCAAUCCCCCUUCAGCUGAUGAGCUUGACAGCAUCAUCAAAACCAUUGCAAGUGAGCUGAAUGUGGCUGCUGUAGAUCCAAAUCUCACCUUGGCGGUAUCAAAAAAUGUCGCAAAGACCAUACAGCUCUUUAGUGUGAAGUCUGAACAGCUUCUGUCGACGCAAGGAGAAGCCAGCCAGGUGAUUGGGCCGUUAACAGAAGGUCAAAGAAGGAACGUGGCUGUAGUGAAUUCCUUGUACAGGUUACACCAGUCGGUUCUUAAAGUAAUAUCCUGCCAAAGUGCAUUUCCAGCCUCUUCAGAGGAAACUAUUAGCACAGCCUUGAAGACAGUCUAUGAUUUGAUGGGAAAUGCUGUGCAACCUUUGCUGAACUCAGUUGGAGACUCAAUAGAGGCUAUUAUCAUCACGAUGCACCAGGAGGACUUUUCUGGGUCACUACCCACUUCAGAAAAGCCCGAUAUCCCUUGUUCUCUGUACAUGAAAGAACUACAGGGCUUCAUAGCAAGAGUCAUGAAUGACUACUUCAGACACUUUGAAUGCUACGACUUUGUCUAUGAGAGCACUGAGGCCAUUGCCCAGAGAGCUAUUGAGCUUUUUAUUCGCAAUGCCAGCCUAUUAAGGCCUCUUGGCGAAGGCGGGAAAAUGCGGCUUGCUGCUGAUUUUGCACAGAUGGAGUUAGCAGUCGCUCCUCUCUGCAGACGGCUCUCUGAUCUGGGAAUAUCCUACAGGCUCCUAAGAUCAUUCAGGCCAAUGCUGUUCCAGACUAGUGAGCAUAUCAUCAAUAGCCCGGCCGUGGGAGAUAUCAUUCCAUUCAGUACCGUUAUUCAGUUCUUAUUUACAAGAGCACCACCUGAAUUAAAAUCUCCAUUCCAGAGAGCAGAGUGGACCAUUGCACGUUAUUCCCGGUGGCUUGAUGACCAUCCAUCAGAGAAAGACAGACUCAUUUUGAUACGCUGUUUGGGGAUUCAACUACUUGUAUAUCCUUGUGCAGUACUGGCUCUAUGAUAUGUUUUGAAUGAUACAGUGCCUCCUGGGCUGUAAUCCUAAGAACUGCAGCAGAAACUCUACUUAAAUCAGCAGGACUGCUUUCCAAGUUAAGUAUGUUUGGGAUCAAGUUGUUUGUUUCACUAGAGUGUUUGGAAAACUAAAAGGGGAAGAGAAGGAGCUUGGUGAGCAAGGUAUAUGGAACAAAAUUAAAGCACUCUUGAAAUGGCUUUCUAUAUUAAAGACAGCAACACCCACCCACACCUGAAUAGGUACAGAUGCACAUGCAUGCACAAUUAAACAAAUGAAAGAAACCAUAUAGGCAGUGCUGUGAUUACAGGCAGUAGUUUUUGCUGGAGCUUGUUUUACUAAGGUAGCAGCUAAAAUUAAGAAUAAGGGCAGUGAUGACUCCUCCUGAAUCAUACUUGAAUCAUCCUUGAAUGCUUGUUUCACAGGAUGCAGACACUUAGGAAAAAGAGCAGUACAGUGGUACCUCGAGUUACAAACGUCUCAGGUUACAAACGCUUCAGGUUAUAAACUCCGCUAACCUGCAAGAGUUACCUUGAGUUGAGAACUUUGCCCCAGGAUGAGAACGGAAAUCGUGUGCCAGCGGCGCAGCAGCAGCAAGAGGCCCCAUUAGCGAAAGCACGCCUCUAGUUAAGAACAGUUUCAGGUUAAGAACGGAGCUCCGGAAUGAAUUAAGCUCGUAACUAGAGGCACCACUGUAUAUGUAGGAAAUAUUAAUAUUCUUAUUCAAGCCUCUGGCAGAGGGUCAAAAGCAUUUCAGAGUAUCUGUCCGGAGUAGGGAUUGCCUUACACCUCUGAAGGAUUGCUCAUUGUUACCUCCUCCCUCCCCACAGCUAGCUUGGUUUUAGAUUUUCAGGCAGCCAAUGGAUAUCACACAACAGUGUUUGACAUGUUUUGUUACAUUCCCAAGUGCCCAAGCUUUGCUGCGUGCCCAAGUAGGAUAUGCAUUUUUCGUUUCCUUGUGACGAUUGUGCCAUCUAGUUAGCUGUGUCCUACUAAACAGGAUCAGCAACUAGCAAACUCUUCAGAUGAGCUAAACAGUUACUUGGUAGAAAUGGAGAGCAGCAAGUAGUGGAAUAUCGAGCAUUUUUGAAUGUGUAUGGUUUGCCAUUUAGUUGUUGUUGGUCAAAGAAAGGGAACAUGGAAAGCAGUGUGGAGCAAGCUGCCCCUUGAAACUAUGCUAAACCUUGCAUACAGGUGGCAUCUCAUCCCACCUCUGCUACCCCUUUGUUGGAGAGGAUGUUGGGAAGGAAACUCUCUGGUGAGAAUGUUCAGGGGUGAGGGAGUUUUGGCAUGCCAUCUUUUUGGUGAUAGUGAUUGUGGUCGCAGAAGUAGUAACUAUAGAUUCAGGCCUCACCUGGUUCAUGUGUCAGAAUAAGCCUUUACACCAAAACUUCUCAUAGCUGCCUACAUGGUAAAAACAGCUAUUGGAAAUAAGAGGAGCUUGUCCUCUGGCACCCUUGACUGCAUUACACAGCAAUGCAGACCAGCUAAGGGAGACAUUAAAUUCCAACCUAAGGGAACUUAGAUUGGCCGUACCUCAGAUACCAUUUUGGAGGUAUUGGUUGGUCUAACUCAUGGGUCGGCAAACUAAGGCCCGUGGGCUGGAUCAGGUCCAAUUGCCCUCUGGAUUCAGCCCAUGGACGGUCCUGGAAUCGCUGCUUUGGUCAGCGUGAUUUUUUGGGCGGUGCCAUUUUUUUCCCCAAGCACCAUUUCCCACCCCCUCCCUCUCACACACAUACCGCAGCACCUCCUCCUCCCUCCCUCCCGGCUUCUCCCUGCCCUUUGGAGGAAGGGAGCUGGGCUCUGAUUGGUGCCAGCCAAUCCGAAGCCUUGCCACCCGUACACUGAGGCGCAGCUCAGACUCGCCACCUGCCCGUCAGCCUCUCCAUCCAUGGCCUCACUGUGGGUAUCGUGACGGGCAUGUUGUGGGGCUUCAGCUGGCCCCCAACCGUAGAGCAGAGGAGGA